AUGCUCAAGCUACAAGCAAGAGGCGCUACUCGUAGCACUAGCGUGCUACUCGUUGCGCAAGCGAGGGAGCUGAUGCCGCAGAGCAUUGUCACAACCAUUAUGAUAGAAGAGGAAGAAGAGAGAACCAGAUGUCCUAGUCAAGAAAGAAAGAGCGAACCAGCUUCACUAUAA